GUAUCUGUUUAUGCCGUACCCCAGCAUCUAAACCAGGUUGGGUAUGCCCUAGACACAGCAGUGAAACUUCUGGAAUUUUAUCAAAAAUACUUUUUAAUGGAAUACCCUCUUGAAAAAUUAGAUCUGGUAGCAAUUCCUGAUUUUCAGUCUGGUGCAAUGGAAAACUGGGGCUUGAUCACCUUCCGAGAAACAGCACUGUUGUUUGACAGAGAUACUUCUUCAGCGCAGGAUAAAAAGUUAAUAACUGCAGUGAUUGCACAUGAGCUUGCUCAUCAGUGGUUUGGCAAUCUAGUUACUAUGGAAUGGUGGAACGAUCUCUGGCUGAAUGAGGGAUUUGCCACUUUCAUGGAAUACUUUGCCAUGGAGGAGGUUUUCCCAGAAUUGCAUUCGGAUGAAGAUUUCCUUAAUUUAAUUUUCAAGGCUAUGAUGAAGGAUUCCUUAAAUUCUUCACGUCCAGUCUCUUCUGCUGUUCAGUCUUCAGAACAAAUUGAAGAAAUGUUUGACGUACUUUCUUAUAUCAAGGGAGCUUCACUUCUUUUGAUGCUGAAGCAUUAUCUUACUAAGGAUGUUUUCCAAGCUGGCAUUGAGGUAUACUUGCAUAAUCACAACUAUGGAACUGCCCAGAGUGAUGACCUGUGGGACAGCUUGAAUGAGAUUACCAAUGGAACGCUAGAUGUAAAAAAAAUGAUGAAGACUUGGAUUCUGCUUAAAGGAUUUCCUUUAGUCACUGUUGUCAGAAAGGGAAAGAUUAUUUCUAUACAACAAGAGAAAUUUUUGUAUCGUACAGAACCAGAAAACUGGACAUCAGAUGCAAGUUAUCUGUGGCAUAUUCCUCUCACCUAUGUAACUAGUAGGUGCAACUUUACCCAUUGUACUAAUGCAUAUUUACUGGAUCAGAAGUCAGCUGUCAUUGAACUUCCAGAAGAGGUAGAAUGGAUAAAAUUCAAUGUGGAUAUGAAUGGCUAUUACAUGGUACACUAUGCUGAAGACUGGAAAAUGCUGAUUGAUCUGUUGAAAAAGAACCACACUGCUUUGAGUCCUAAAGACAGAGCCAAUUUGAUCAACAAUAUCUUCAGCCUUGCAGGUCUAGGAAGAGUCCCUCUGCAAAAGGCCUUUGAGCUGAUUGAUUACCUUGACAAAGAGAACAGCACUGCACCGAUCACUCAAGCUUUGUUUCAACUGAGUCUUAUUUACAACCUUCUAGAUAAAAAGGGUGAACAACAACUGGCAGCACGAGUCAUGCAUAGGAUAGAGCACUUGUUUGGAGAUAAAAUUGAUCAACAGCAUUGGACAGAUGAUGGGCCCCUGCCUGAACGAGAGCUCCGGUCAACACUGCUAUGUUUUGCCUGUACCCAUGGUAUAAGAAACUGUAGAACAACUGCCACCGAGAUGUUUGAGACGUGGAUGAAGUCUAAUGGAACACUGAGUCUGCCUAGUGAUGUUAUGAAAGCCAUAUUUUCAGUUGGGGCCAAAUCUAGUGAUGGCUGGGAAUUCCUCCUACAGAUGUACUCCUCUUCAGUUUCUGAAGCAGAGAAAAGCAAAAUGAUUGAAGCCUUGGCCAGCACAGAAGAUGCCAGAAAGCUGAUCUGGCUAAUGCAGAACAGCCUUGAAGGAGAAAUCAUCAGGUCACAGGAGCUUUCACAUAUCAUAGGAACUGUUAGCCAGAGUUUGCCUGGAUAUUUGCUGGCCUGGGACUUUGUCAAAGAGAAUUGGGAAAAGCUUACACGAAAGUUUCACCUAGGCUCAUAUACUAUCCAGAAUAUUGUUAGUUGGUCAACUUCUCAGUUUGCAACAAAGGCUCAUCUGCUUGAGGUGAAGUCAUUUUUUGAGUCAAAAUCAGAGGAGAGUUCUCAACUGCGCUGUGUAAAAGAGGCGAUUGACACAAUUCAGCUCAAUAUCCAAUGGAUGGAGAGGAACUUAGCAAAGCUGCAAGAACUGCUGUAG